AUAUAGCCUUGUUUCAAUUUCCGCCAUUGCUACACAGCAGCUUGUUUUUAUGAACUAUAGUAGUAUAACACACCAGUAUUACCAGUACAGGGCAACAGUACAUUAUAUUUUCAUUACUUUAAAAUAUAGAUGAGGCAUUUAGAGGGGUAUGUGCAUGCAGUUCAUAAGGAACCCACCCCUCGAGUGAAAAUAAAAACACAUUAUCCCCAAAAAAUAUGUGCCAUAUCAGAACAGAGCAGCACAUUUUCCCUACAAACAGGUACAUGGGAAUGAGUAGAAUGUGAGGAAUAUAGAAUUCAUCAGGAAUGAUGUUCAUGAUGUCCACAUCUGAAAAGCAGUGCAUGCAAUUUUAAAUAUAGGAUGCUCUACUCUCAGAGUAAAUAUAUAUUUGUUACUGUUCCAAAAUGUUGUGUAUGGAAAAAAUCUUUUCAGUAGAAGCCUUCGACUUGAAGAGAACAUCUAGGUUCAACCCUUUGUGUAGUGCUAACCUGCAAUAAGUCAUCCAAUCAGAUUUCUGCCGUAGCUGCUUAUGCGUACAAGGCAUGCAUUUUCGGAAUCCGUGCUGCUAUGCAUUUUAGGAGUUUUUGGAGUUGCCAUAUUGCUUCAACAAUAAAGAUGAACAUUAGAAUCCCCGUUUAUAUCUGAAGUGAGGCAGCAGUGUGUCCGCUCCUAGAAAUAUAUAAGGCAUAUAUGCAAAGGAAUUGUGUAACCAGUCAGCUAUGUGGUCACGUCUAAACAUACAGUAUAAAGAUUUCCCUUUCUCUCUUGUUCCAGAGGGUUUAAUGCAUACUUCUAUCUCUGGUGACAUACGGGUUGCAAGUCUGACUCCUGCAUAAAUUGGACUCAUUUUUCAUAUCGUGCAGGGAACCUUCAUUUUCUUUGCAUAUAUAUUGGGAAAGUGAGCAACAAUCUAAUAUUGUGCUCUUUGCAAUAAAUCCACACAGUACAUCAGCUUUUUUUUUUUAUGGCACUUUGACCACUGAAAUGCAGUGUUUUGGUAUUUUAUUUUUCUUUCCUUGUUUAAUUUUAUUCUGUAUAAUUUCUGUUUCGGGAGUGAUGUCAUCCAAUGGGUGAAUGAUACUGUUGUUUAGAAGAAUGUUUUUGUCAUAUGUAACCCUCAUAUUAAAAAAAAAAAUGCCAUUUACACGUGGUCUCCCACUUCCCCUCACCUUUCAAACGCCACCACCACCACAACAACAACCAGCAAUGUUUUCACAACUGGAAAAAUGUAAGUCAGUUUUUGUGCUUUGUAUUCUCUCAAAUCCCAGGCUGACUGGUGAAGAGGUUUAAAUGUGGAAACUAUUCAAUAAACUGUGUUUUUAGUUAAUGUCUGUGUGCUUUUUCAGAUUUGUAAGUGGGACCCCGAGCCCUUGACAGGAGUGACUGUUUGUAUGUAGCCUUGGGCCACUAAAAUGAAGAGCAUGGGCAAAUUAAGCAACAUAGUAAUUACACAGAUUCUUUUUGAAUGCCAGACACAAGGAUUGCAGCAAUCUUUUAUCUUAUAAACAUAUUCGAAUACAUGUGCUCAUUGGCUGGCAUUAUGAUCUAAGCAGCUUUUGUGCUUGGGGAGCUGUGAGAACAAAGCCAGGCACAUGAGGCAAAUCUCAGAGCUGAAAUUCACUUUGGCGCAUGUGCCUGAACCCAAACCAACUCCAACUCAGAGGUUUUAGGUGCAGGCAAAGAAGAAGGCUGAUGUGGGCUGAUUCUUGGCCAACGGAAGACCAGCCCAGUCUGGCAUCAGCCUUAGAUAGCAUGCAAGAAGAAAAAUUGCACACCUCUAUAACUUGUGUUCCUUGCUGGAAAAAUAGGCUGGAAGAACCGCACACACUAUCUAUACACGGAACAGCUCAGGAAUACUACUAAUCUCUAUAAAGAUGAUGGCUUUUCUAACAGGCAUUCCUUCAGAACAUUAAUCAGUGAUUUGUAGCUUGUGACUCUUCAGCUGUUAUUGAACUACAAUACACAGCAUUAUCCAACUAGAAAGUCCAGUGAGAGUAAAUCAACAUCUUCAAUACCACAGAGUCUUUAGCUGCUACAUCAGUGGAAAAUGCAGAGCACCCCUAAUUACCUAUGGGAGCUGGAUUAUUUAUUAGGACAAGGAGCCACUGCCAGUGUGUACAAGGCAUGGAAUAAGAAAUCUGGAGAAGAAGUGGCUGUAAAGGUGUUUAAUAAACUCAGCUACUUGCGGCCUCUGGAGGUGCAGAUGAGAGAAUUUGAGAUACUGAGAAAGCUCAACCAUGUCAAUAUAGUCAAGUUCUUCGCUGUGGAAGAGACAGGCAUCAGUAAGCAGAAGGUCCUUGUUAUGGAGUACUGUUCCAGUGGCAGUUUGCUUUCUGUACUAGAGGAUCCAGAAAAUGCCUAUGGCCUGUGUGAGGCAGAGUUCCUCAUUGUGUUGCAGUGUGUUGUUGAAGGAAUGAACCAUCUGCGCCAGAACAGUAUUGUGCAUAGAGAUAUCAAACCUGGGAACAUCAUGCGUCUGAUUGGAGAGGAAGGGCGCAGCAUCUACAAACUGACAGACUUUGGUGCUGCCCGAGAACUUGAUGAUGACGAGAAGUUCAUAUCUAUUUAUGGGACAGAGGAAUACUUGCAUCCAGAUAUCUACGAGAGAGCUGUGCUAAAGAAACCCCUACAGAGGGCAUAUGGGGUCACCGUUGAUUUGUGGAGUAUUGGAGUAACUCUUUACCAUGCAGCCUGUGGCAGCCUCCCAUUCAUCCCAUAUGGAGGCCCCCGCCAUAACAAAGACAUAAUGCACAAGAUAAUAACAGAAAAACCACCAACUGCUAUUGCAGGUAUACAGAGGACGGAGAAGGGACCAAUUGAAUGGAUUUAUGAACUGCCCAUUAGCUGUCACCUAUCUGUAGGGUUAAAGAUCCACUUGGAAAAUAUACUUCCCAAUAUACUUGAAGCUGAUGAAGAGAAGUGCUGGGGUUUUGACAAAUUCUUUGCAGAAACCAACAAUGUAUUAGAACGGAUUGUUGUUCAUGUCUUCUCACUGCCUCAUGCCACUAUGCACAUGGUUUAUGUACAUGAUUGUAGCAGUGUUGUUAACUUCAUGGAAGCAGUGUUCAGACAAACUGGGGUUGCAAUUGAAAACCAGAAGUAUUUCUAUGAAGGCCACCAUUAUCCAUUGAUGCCCACGCUGCAAGUGAAGCACAUCAACAGGACUACGGAGCAGCACCCAUUCAUACUCAUUAGCAGCACGAGUGAGAAUAUAGUGGAAGCCACCUACAAAGACCCCACCAAUGACUUUCCUAGGUUCCUGCCUUCGGUUGAUUUAGUUGGUGACUGCUCCAUUGCAAAGAAUGUUCUAAGUGCUGUUUAUCAAACAUUACAUGUUUCCCGGGCUUUGCUCAUAUGCCAAGAAUUUAUACUGCGAGGAACAUACUGGCUCAUUGAGAAUACAAAGGCAGAAUGCCACCGGAUCCUUGAAAAGAAAUCAGCAAUGGCCUCUCUUCUUAACUGUACAAUCAGCACAGAGAACAGCAUCACAAAACUGUAUAAUUCAGUUAACAGUAGGAAUCCAGAAUUUCCAGAGUUCCCAGAUCUAGCGGAGUGCCGCAGGCAGCUUCAGUCUAUUGGCCAUACCAUGUCCAGUUGUUCUCACAUUGCCGAAAAACAGAAAAUCUUGGGCUUCAUGUUGUUAGAAGUUAGUCAAAUCCAGGACCAGAUUCAGUUAGAUAAAAGUGUUAACCGGAUGGAAUAUUGCCUGCAAAAAAUGCAACUGAUAUUCAAUCAAUUCAAGAAAAGAAAGCAGCAGUCACAGCUUGGUUACAAUGAGGUGCAAAUUCACAAACUAGAUAAAGUUAAUCUGGGAAAUCUGGCCAAGAAAGUUCUGUCAAUCUUUCAGGAUGGAGUUGUGCAGAAAUAUCAGGCAGCAAUAGACAAACACAGCACUAGAAUGAGUACCUUUACUGAUAUCCAGAAGCAAGUGGACUUGGUGAAUGGAUACCUUGGUGCAAGUCUCCUGGAUCUACAGAAAUAUCAGGACUCUGUCAGCAAUACUGUAGAUGAUUUGUCCCUGAGGAUUCAACAAAUGUCAGUGCAACCAAAUCACAGCCCUCUGCCUUCAUGCCAUAAUCCGAGCAAAGAAGACCUGGCACUAAGGAUGCUAAAGCUGAGAGAUCAGAUGAAAACAGUAACUUGUGAACUAGAACAAAACAAUGGUGUUAUAGAGAGGUUGGGUGUUACAUCAUCCCCCAGUGUGUGAGAGGCCAUUUUAAACAGCUGCUUUCACAAAUUAUAACCUUAUGUGACUAAUUUAUCCAUUCGUAAAUGAAGAUGGGGAGACAGCAGAAAAUGCCAAAAAUUCAUCAUUCUUCUUCACCAAAGGAGGAGGACAUGCUUACUUUCUUGGGAGUUGACGUGUUAAUCUCAGUAUUCCAAAGAACAGUCUGAUUAAAUGGAACAUGCAGGUUUAAUGUUAACCUUUGGAACUCUGGCUCUCUGGCUUGCCCAAAAGACCAGUUGCUUGUUUACAAAUUGCCUGGAAUUGGUUUCCAGUGUAGAUACUGGAAAAGUUCAUAUAGUAACAAAUCAGCCAAAGAUGUUUUAAGAUACUGUCCAAAUUUCUACAAGUCCUCUGAAGGUCUAAAUGCUAUAAGAAAUGAAAGAAAAUCCAGAUUGACCUAUAAGAAAAUGCAGGUUUAUACAUGUUUUGGAUAGUUACCAUGACUUUCAUCUCACUAUACAAUUUGGGCACAAACCCACUGGAAAUAUUAGUCAGUAGCUUUUAUUCCUCAGUUACAUACAUAACACUGUGUUAGACAUUUCCAGUUGUUAAAGGAAAUCUGUUUCGGAGUAUUUCUGGAUUAUAUUUUUUUCUUGUCUUUUUGUGGUGAGUUACUGAUCAAGAACUGCAGGAUGCAUUGGCAUAGCAUGAUUCCAUGUAAAGCAAGUGUGUCAAAAAGUGCACUGUAAUGUUAUGUUCUGCAACAGUAUUACAUGCUUUAACGGUAUUUAUUUUAAGAUGUUGUUAAAUUUUUAUGAGAAACAGUUUGUAUUGUAAUAAUACUAAAAUAUAUUAACUCGCUAUAAUAAACAGUAGGCCUAGGAGCACAUAUCCCAGGCAGUUGG